AUCAGGGAACCCGGGGAGGUCCGGGCAGAAGAGGAGGUGGAAGAAGGCGAGUGCCCCGCGAGAAUGCUGUGAUAUACUUUUGAUGACUUAUACCUUUGGUGAAGACUGCCUUUGGCUGGACAUCUCUAGUCAUUCAGAAAAUAGAACCACUGGUGAGGAGUGAGAAAAUAACAAUGAAACAGGUCCACAAAAAGAGAAAGCGCAAUGUAGAUUCAAAGGACCAUGUAGAUCUGGAGAGAGGCAGGGAACAAUCUAAAGAUGACAAGAAGCAGAAGAAUGGCAUGAUCACUUCCUGUCAUGUAAAUUCAGCUUCUGGAUGGGAGAGUUGGUCUUGGGAUCAAUAUUUAAAGGAACAAAAUGCUGUAGCGGCACCUGCUCGACUUUUUUCUAGGGAUCAGUCCUUUCCUGAGCAUGAAAAUGGCUUUCAAAUUGGAAUGAGAUUAGAAGGCAUUGACCCUCAAGAUCCAUCUAAAUUCUUUGUGCUCUCUGUAGCUGAGGUAUGUGGUUAUCGCCUAAGACUUCACUUUGACGGCUAUUUAAGCUGCUAUGAUUUUUGGACCAAUGCAGGUUCCCCUGAUAUUCACCCAGUGGGGUGGUGUGAAAAGACCAAACAUGAAUUGCACGUCCCUAAGGGUUACAAAAAGGACAAGGUUACUUGUAUGGACAACUUGAAGACCUCCAAAUUUCAAAAUGCUCCCAAGAAAUUGUUCCUAAGGAGAAGUAUUAUUGGAACUCCAGCAGAAGAAUUUCAGGUAGGAAUGAAGCUGGAAGCAGUGGACAGGAAGAACCCUUCCUUAGUGUGUGUGGCCACUAUUGCAGAUAUAGUUGGGGAUCGCCUACUUGUACACUUUGACAACUGGGAUGACAGCUACGAUUAUUGGUGUGAUAUGUAUAGUCCUUUUAUUCAGCCGGUUGGAUGGUGUCAGAAAAAUGCCAGAACUCUGAUAGCACCCCAAGGUCAUCCUGAUCCAGAAAAUUUUUCUUGGACAGACUACUUGGAAGCUACCCAAUCUUCUGCCGUACCAGUUAAAGCUUUUAAAAUGCGAAGACCUCAUGGAUUUCUGGUGAAUAUGAAACUUGAAGCAGUAGAUAAGCGCAAUCCCAGUUUAAUUCGUGUUGCCACUGUCAUAGAUGUAGAAGACCAAAGAAUAAAGGUCCACUUUGAUGGCUGGAGUCACAAAUAUGACUAUUGGGUAGAUGUUGACAGUCCUGACAUUCAUCCAAUAGGAUGGUGCAAUAUGACAGGUCACCCACUAGAAGUACCAUAUCGAGAAAAAGAUGAAAAAAUUGCUCCAGGCCAAGCUGUUUGCCCCACCCUAGGAUGCCGAGGAGUAGGCCAUAUCAGAGGUCCAAGCUACAUGGGACAUCACAGUGCUUAUGGCUGCCCCUAUUCAGACAUAAACUUGAAAAAGGAGGCAAUGUUUCAUCAUCGUUUGGAAAAAGAAACACAGGGAAAUUUCAUGGCUGACUCUUCACAUCCAAAAUUGAAAGGUCUUUGUAGUGUGAACGUCAAUGGAAAACAUGAAAAGUUGAACAGUAAACUCAGACUUGUACAGCAGGCAAAGUGUCUGAAAAUCAAAGGAAAAGAAGAUAUUGACUUGGAUAAUUUGUUCAGAGAAUACUCUACUGAAAGUAAGCAACAGGCCCUCCAUCAGUCAGUCUUCCUGUCUGCCAUGUCAACCCACCCCUCCCGGGACCUUCCCCUCUGCAGAGAACAGCAUUGCAAGCUUCUUCCAGGUGUGGCUGAUAUCCAGGCAAGUGAAGUAGCCAAAUGGACUGUUGAUGAGGUGGCAAAUUUUGUGCAAAGCCUUCCAGGUUGUGAAGAUCAUUCCAGAUACUUCAAAAAAGAGCAGAUUGAUGGCAAAGCCUUCCUGCUUCUGACCCAGACAGAUAUAGUCAAAGUGAUGCGCAUUAAACUUGGCCCAGCCUUGAAGAUUUUUAAUUCCAUCCUGAUGUUCAGGAAUGCCCAGGACCUUGGAGAAACAGAUUCUGCCUCUAGCAAAGUCAUCAGAGAAUAGAUGUGCCAUUCUCUCCUGGAUACCUUGAACUUAGGUUAUUCAAGCAAUAAAAUCUGGAAUACAUUUCA